GCCUGGAUCCAAGAGUAUAAAGGAAUCCAGGAGCAGCUGGAGGCAGGUCAGAGACUGGGUGGCUACAACUUCAGCCAUGGUGCCAGGGUUUCUCUCCCUGAGCCUCUCCCGCCUGGGCCUGUGGGCUUCUGGACUGGUCUUGGUUUUAGGCUUCUUCAAGCUCAUCCAUCUGUUGCUGCGGAAGCAGAAGUUGGCCAGAGCCAUGGACAGCUUCCCAGGGCCUCCUACCCACUGGCUCUUUGGGCAUACUCUCGAGAUCCAACAGACGGGAAGUCUGGACAAGGUGGUAUCCUGGGCUCAUCAGUACCCCUGCGCCCACCCACUCUGGUUUGGACCGUUCAUUGGCUUCCUGAACAUCUAUGAGCCUGACUUUGCCAAAGCUGUGUAUAGUCGUGGGGACCCUAAGGCCUCGGAUGUGUAUGACUUCUUUCUCCAGUGGAUUGGGAAAGGUCUGCUGGUUCUUGAGGGGCCCAAGUGGUUCCAGCACCGCAAGUUGCUCACGCCUGGCUUCCAUUAUGAUGUACUGAAACCCUAUGUGUCUGUGUUUGCCGAGUCCACACGCAUCAUGCUGGACAAGUGGGAGGAGAAAGCUCGUGAGGAUAAAUGCUUUGACAUCUUCUGCGACGUGGGACAGAUGGCACUAGACACGCUCAUGAAGUGCACCUUUGGCAAAGGAGACAGUGGCCUAGGACACAGGGACAGCAGCUACUACCUGGCCGUGAGCAAUCUCACUCUGCUGAUGCAGCAGCGUCUUGAAUCCUUCCAGUACCAUAAUGACUUCAUCUACUGGCUCACUCCACAUGGCCGCCGCUUCCUGCGGGCUUGCCAGGUGGCCCACGACCAUACAGACCAGGUCAUCAGGGAGCGGAAGGCAGCACUGCAGGAUGAGAAAGAGCGAGAGAAGAUCCAGAACCGGAGGCACCUGGACUUCCUGGACAUUCUCCUGGGUGCUCGGGAUGAAGAUGGGAUCAAGUUGUCAGACAUGGACCUCCGGUCUGAAGUGGACACGUUUAUGUUUGAGGGCCAUGACACCACCACCAGUGGUAUUUCCUGGUUUCUCUACUGCAUGGCCCUGUACCCUGAGCACCAGCAACGUUGUAGAGAGGAGGCCCUUGAGAUCCUAGGGGACCGGGAUGCCUUCCAGUGGGAUGAUCUGGGCAAAAUGACUUAUCUGACUAUGUGCAUCAAGGAGAGCUUCCGUCUCUACCCGCCUGUGCCCCAGGUGUACCGCCAGCUCAGCAAACCUGUCACUUUUGUGGAUGGCCGAUCUCUACCUGCAGGUAGCCUGAUCUCUCUGCACAUCUAUGCUCUCCAUAGGAAUAGUGCUGUGUGGCCAGACCCUGAGGUCUUUGACCCCCUGCGCUUUUCUCCUGAGAAUGUGUCCAGACGUCACCCCUUUGCCUUCAUGCCCUUCUCUGCUGGGCCCAGGAACUGCAUCGGGCAGCAGUUUGCCAUGAAUGAGAUGAAGGUGGUCACAGCCCUCUGCCUGCUCCGCUUUGAGUUCUCUCUGGACCCCUCGCGGCUGCCAAUCAAGAUACCUCAGUUGAUCCUGCGCUCCAAGAAUGGUAUCCACCUCCACCUGAAGCCACUGGGCCCUGGGUCUGGGAAGUAGCUCUGGUGAGAGUAGGACCCCACUCAGCCCAGGCUGUGGCCUUUCUCUGGAACCACCCUCCCCAGGCUGGAUGUGGAGUUGGGGCUCUUUGCCUUUGGGAGUUAUAUGCUUUGGAAGGGGAGUAACCAUUGCCAUAGACAAUCACUUAUAAGACUAUGCCAUGUAAACAUGUGUGUCUAUAAAUGUCGAAUUGUGCAUGUAUCCAACAAACAUUUGGCGAGCACUUACUUGCUUCAAUAAACUUCAUUUAUCUCCUGUAAUUGACGAACUUUAAAAAAUGUAGCAGAAACUUACAUUCCAGCCUUAGUGACUUGCAGUGAACGCAAUGGAAGCUUUGCCUUGGGAUUCAUGGUGAUGACCAGGUACCAUAUGACAGAGGAAUGGCUUAGGGAGUUGCCCUUUCACCAAGCUGCUCUAUGUUUAACUGUGUGUGUGUGUGUGUUUGGACUAUAACAGACAUAAGGAAAAAUGCCUAAACCAAGACUGUACAAAAUAAAGAAUAAUCCUAAAGCA